AUGCAACAGCUAGGCAUCAACAUGCCUACUGCUGUGAUUAUGGAGGAAAAUUUUGAUAAAUUAUUAGAGCAAUGCGAAGCUCAAGAGCUCGAGGCUCCAGGGGGCAUUGCAACUCCUCAGGUGUACGCUCAGCUGCUGUCGCUCUAUUUACUCCAUAAUGACAUGAAUAAUGGCAGAUAUCUCUGGAAACGGAUUCCACAAGCAAUAAAAUCGGCAAACCCUGAGUUAACAUCUAUUUGGGCUGUCGGCCAACGCAUUUGGCAGCGAGACUUUCCAGGGAUCUACACAGCGAUCGCAGCUUACCAGUGGUCAGAGAAUAUCCUUCCGGUCAUGGAGGCUCUCCGAGAGAGCACACGGCAAAGGGCGUACAGUCUAGUGGCCCAGGCAUACACUUCCAUCGCAGCAGAUGACUUCGCUGCCUUUGUAGGAUACUCUGUGGAAGAAGCAGUAAAGGGUGUGGUGAGCCAGGGCUGGCAGGCAGACCCGGCGACCAGGAUGGUGAUGCCCAAAAAACCAGAUCCUCCCCCCGUCUCAUUGGUUCCAAAUGAGCAGCAGUUGGCUAGACUCACUGACUACGUGGCUUUCCUUGAGAACUGAUAACCCACCACAACUACUGCCACCUCUUUUUUUCACUGGCUUGGUACAGAGGGAGAAUACAAAGUGUGGGCAAAUCCUUCCUCCAGUCUCACUCCCUGAUACAGAUGUACCAAAAACACACCCAUCGUCUUGCAUGAAUGCCGCAAGCUCUUCUCCAAGACCUGCCUAUUUAUGUUCAACAACUAAAAUAGCAUCCCCUUUUAAUUCAUUUGUUGAAAAUUGGUUAUCUUUAAGAUGUUGUAUUAUAUUCUUUUUUACCUUAACAACAGACCUCCCACGCAAUAGAAACACACAAACUUGUAUGUACAGUUUGUCCAUUCAGUUUUAGCACUUAAAGGUUGCCUUGAAGCUAAUUUUGUCAGGUAACAGAAGUCUUGGCAUGCAUGCAUCAAUAUGUGGAUAUCAGUCCUCAGACCUCAUUUUUUUGAAGUUUAUGUUUUGACUGGUGAAUAAAUAUUUUGCUGUUUCUAAUUUA